UUCUGAUAAAACUGCCAAACUGUUACACAAGUUGUGGUUUUCUUCACAAAUGCAUUUGGACGAUCAGAACAAUUUAUCAGAACAAAAAGAAAGAAAAAACGACAAUACGCACUUCAUUUAGAAUAAACUAUGGAUCCCCUGCUCAUGUUGCAUAUAACAUCAGCGCAAAUGUUAUUUCAUUUCACACUUGACUGAACUGCGGAACUGCUGUGGCCUACUUGCCAAAGUCGUCGAUUGAAUUUACACAACCAUGUUUACAAUGUGAUCCUGUGAUAAAGAGCAGGUUUCUAACCUGUCCCUAGAGCUGAUACGUGUGAACUGCUGCCCCUGAGCAGUGAGCAUGCUACAGUAAGCUACAGCGUGCGACUGGCAUCUCUUGUGAUGUCAGUGGAACAGGACCGCUGAUAGGACCGUGCAGAACCUAGUGCCGAAGCUUCACCUGUUCGCAUGCACAGUCGUCUCUUACCUGAACUUCCAGCUCGGACGUGGACUGACCAAUACUUUGCUUACCAUUAUGUUAUCGUACGUGGUUUGCAGCCUGGUUCUGGCGCUCGUGGCACUCCCAGGAGCGGCACUUGGUGAGAUGGUCUUCCGCUGCCCAAGCUGCACCGCCGAGCGUCAGGCGGCAUGUCCGGAGCUCACGGAGACUUGUGUAGAGAUUGUGCGGGAGCCUGGAUGCGGUUGCUGUCCGGUGUGCGCCCGCCAGGAAGACGAGUUUUGCGGCGUGUAUACCCCGAGAUGUGCUAGCGGCUUCCGCUGUUACCCUCAGCCAGAUUCUGAAUUGCCUCUGGAGCAGCUCGUGAAAGGGCACGGACGUUGUGGACGCAAAGUGGACACGGAGCCUACGGUGGAACAUCGAGAACAAAGCGAGGUGCUGGACCCCUUCGACUUGGGGCUGACGGAGGUUCCCCCGGUCAGCAAGGCCACCAAAGACAACUCGUGGGUGGGCCCCAAAGAGGAGGCCAUCAGGAUCUACCGGAUCAACCAGAAGACCAAGAUGAAGUACAACAAAGUGGAGGAGCACAAGGCGCCACGCUCUAAACUGACCCAGUGUCAAACGAAACUGGACCAGGUCUUGGAACGCAUCUCAAAGAUGCCCUUCAGGGACAACCGGGGUCCUCUGGAGGACCUCUACGCCCUGCACAUUCCCAACUGUGACAAAGUGGGACAGUACAACCACAAACAGUGCAAGAUGUCUGUGAAUGGACAGAGAGGCGAGUGCUGGUGUGUUAACCCUCACACUGGACUUGCAAUCCCAGAAUCCCCAGUGGUCAGAGGCGACCCCAACUGCAGCCAGUACCUAGGAGGACAAGAGAUUAACCCCCCGACUGCACCCUUGAAUUAACCCCCGAUUGCGCAUUCUGUGCCCUGUACCCCCCAUCCCUCUCCCUCCCCUUACAGCCAACUGGAGGGCACAGCCAGGCCCAGUAGAGGCAGUGUGUCAACAUGGACGGAGGGCUGCAACUAGCGAGAUUAUUGUCCCGGUCGAUUCAUCUGUUGUUUAUUUUCUCAAUUAUGGUGCAAAAAAAAGAAAAGAAAAGUCAAUCAGUGUUUCGCAAAGCUCGAGAUAAUGUCCUCAAACGCCUUGUUUUGUCCACACGCCAAAGAUAUUCAGUUUACUGUCAUAGAGCGCGAGUACACCAGAAAAUAAUUUGAAGUUUACGAGGAUGGAAUCAGAGAAUUUUGAUUUUUUUCCACCCAAAAAUUACUCAAACUGAUUUAAAGGAUUACCAAAAUAGUUGGCGAAAACUUUAAAGGGACACCAGGCAAGCCUGAUGCUUUUUCUCUAUGAAACUCCCCCUCGCUUGGUCUGAUGCUCUUUUCCUUUUCUUUGCGUCUUCCGUCAAGGGUUUUCGC